AUAAAAUAAAUGAACAAAUGAACCAAAAUAAUAUGAACAGCAAUAAAAUAAAUGAACAAAUGAACCAAAAUAAUAUGAACAAUAUCCACAAUAUUAAUCAUUGUGAAGAUAAUAAAAUAAACAACACAGAUAAUCAUUUAUCAAAUACAGAUACAUAUAUUUUACAUAAUAACAAUCUUACACGUAAUGAUUAUCAUUUAAAUAAUUUUUCAUUUAAUAUAAAUAAAUAUAUUAAUGAAGAAAAAGGGAAAAAUAAAAAAACAAAUCAACAUAUAUCAGAACAAUUUUUAUUUCCUACACAUUUGGUUAUAAUGUGUGCUGCAGCUAGCGAUUUUUAUAUUCCAUAUGAUGAAAUGCAUGAAAAUAAAAUUGAUAGUAAUUAUUCACCUCUUUGUAUUCAAUUGUGUUUAACUCCUAAAUUUUAUAAAAUCAUAAAUUCACAUUUCCCUCUUCUAAAAUAUUGUAUAUUCAAAUUAGAAGAUGAAGAAAAAAUACUUAUUGAUAAAUCAAAUGAACGAAUUAAAUAUACAGAUUUAUUAAUAGCUAAUUUAUUAACACAAAGAUAUGAUUAUGUGUAUAUUUUUAAAAAGCAAUUUGAAUAUAUCCUUUUGAAAAAAUCAAAUACUGAACAAAUCGAAAAUGAUAUAUGUUAUGAGAUAUGUAAGCACUUUUCAAUCUUAUAA